AUGCUCUCUAUCUGCCUCCAGAAGUCUGCCACCACUGCGCGCGCUGCUGUUCCCCGCUGCUCAGCGAUCGCCCGCGGCUGCUGGAGCAAGGCCCCCGUCACUCCUGUUGCUGCAAAGCUUAGUCCUCUUGUCGCUGCGAGUCGCGCUUACUCGACGUCACGCCCUCUGUCUGCCGCUGCCACCACCUCAACGCAACCCUCUUCUGCGAACAAAGUGCCACCUGCAGAGCCAUGGAGACGGCAUAUCAGUCCAGACGCGGCUACUCCGACCGUCUACACCUUCUUUGAGAAGGUGACGUCGACCUGGCAGUACGUUGUGGUCGACCCUCAUACGUCCGAGGCGGUCAUAGUAGACCCAGUGCUGGACUAUGAUGCAAAUGCGGGCGCCAUAUCCACGAACACUGCUGACGGCCUCCUUGCUUUCAUCGAGGCUGAGAAUCUGAAUGUCCGUCGCGUCCUCGAGACGCAUGCACAUGCAGACCAUCUCACUGCGGCCCAGUACAUCAAGCAGCAACUCGGCGGUGAUAUUCCUGUAUGUAUCGGGCGGAGGAUCUUACUGGUGCAGAAGACCUUUGCACCGAUCUAUGGCUUGGACGAUCCGACCACGUUCGAGAACGCCUUCGACUGCUACUUCGAUGAUGACCAAGAGUUUAAACUCGGGCAGCUGUCGUGCAGUGUCCUGCACCUGCCAGGGCACACGCCGGACCACGUUGGCUACCUGAUUGGUAAGGCGGUCUUCACCGGCGACUCCAUCUUCAAUCCCGACGUUGGAUCCGCACGAGCCGACUUUCCGGGUGGCAAUGCUGAAGAUCUGUAUGCUUCAAUGCAACGACUGCUCUCGCUGCCCUCGGACUACCGCCUCUUCGUCGGGCACGACUACCCACAGAACCGCGACCAGACCUGCUGGUCGACCGUCGAGGAACAGCGACACGCGAACAAACACCUAAAGCUCGGCGCUGAUAAGUCCGCAUUCAUCGAGUGGCGCAAGCAGCGCGACGCUGUGCUCGGUGCACCCAGGCUGCUACACCCGUCGCUGCAGGUGAACAUUCGCGCGGGCAGGCUCCCCCCGGCGGAUGACAAAGGCCGAGUGUUCUUCCAAAUCCCGAUCACGUCUUCGGUCGAUCUGUGA